UUUCCUCCUCUUCUGUCGUCCUUCUCGUAAGGAACACGAGGGUUUUUCUUUUCUAUCUGUUUCGGUCAAUAUGGGAGGAGGCAACGGGCAGAAGGCCAAGAUGGCUAGAGAGAAGAACCUGGAGAAGACGAAAGCCGCGAAGGGUAGCCAACUGGAAACCAACAAAAAAGCGAUGUCGAUCCAGUGCAAGGUUUGCAUGCAGACUUUCAUCUGCACCACAUCUGAGGUGAAGUGCAGGGAACAUGCAGAAGCGAAGCAUCCCAAAUCAGAUCUCUAUGCAUGCUUCCCCCAUCUCAAGAAAUGAGGCAGUUUAUACGGGGACGAAGACUCAUAGA